AUGGACACGAUCGCGCUAGCCGAGGCGGCGGCGCAUGUCGGGCGCAGCGUGCGCUUCGUCGCGGCCGUGCAGCAGGUGGCCACAGGCAAGAGAGUGUUGGUAGGUCGCCAGCGAGUGCAGUCGUGCCACGUGCUGCAUGUGGGCGACGCCGGUCGCCAGUUCUUCAAGGUCACGUGCUGGGGGGACGCCCCACCAACGUUGAUACAGUCCGCGUCCACGGCGGACUCGGACGGGGACUCGGACCCCAUGCGCUUGUCCAGCGCGGACGCGGUGAUUAAAGUGGGGGACAUUGUCUUCUUUUCCUGCUGCCGCAUCAAAUCGUACCGGGGCAACGUGGAGGCGCAGUUCAUCCUGCGCAACGAAGAGGCCGCGACGUCCUCGACAGCGCAGUUGCUGUACCGGAAGGACCGAUACUUUAGUGUGCAGGACGCCCCGUUGAAGGAUCUAUACCCCAUGAUUGAAUGGUACAAGCAGCAUUGCCGAGAGUUUGACUUGAGAGAGAACAUGAUGGAUGGCGUGCUGCUCUGUGAGCUCAUCAUGUAUGAUUCUGCUAGAGACGCGAUGACGGUGAACCUUUGGGACCAGCAUGCUGAGAAGCGCUUUGUGACGCGGUUGGUCGAACACCGCGGUGCUGUCGAGAUCGAUGGCAUUGUGGUGAGUCUUCAAGCACUAUCCAACCGUUUGCUGGCGAACACGACACCGCACACGAGCUUUCGGUUGCUGGAAGCAGAUGACCCAGAGUCGAUCGCACUGGAACAGAAAUUUGCUGGUGUGACAUUUGCUACCUUGGAAGAACUGCAAGUAUCUCUUUUCGAGGGCCAGGGUACGUUGCAAAAUGUUCGAGUCGAGCAGAUACACUUGGGUCGUCAUUUUGGAAAUGAAGCGAGCGUGCUGGCGACAUUUGCCCCGCGUUUAGCGGAACGAUAUUGUACUGGAUGCCAUCGGGCACUACCUGAGCUGUCUUGUCAAGGGAAAAGAGUGUUGCAUGGCUAUAUUGCUUGCGCAAAUAAAUGCAAAACGCGUCGAGGCAGUUCUGUUGAUGCCCCAUGUGACUGGAGAUACCGCCACAUCUCGAUGAUUUUACGAGACUCGCGGAACGAGCGCUUGCAGGUUGAGCUGGAGAACCAAGCGAUCGUGGAAAUUCUGGGGAACAUCGAGGCUCGGGACCUGGUAGACGUUGCUCAGUUCCACGCCCCAUCUGCUGUGGCUUCGCUUCUCAAUGCUCUCGUCGAAGAUUCAUCCCAAAAGUUCGAGGCCCAGCUAGUGUGCGCUACAGUGCGGGGCCAUGACAGUGCUAGCCAGCCCAGUGGCAGCUACCAAGAUUCAAGUCACGGUGACGUUCAUGCACCUCGACGAUCCUUUAACCUGGUGUCAUUGCUUCCAAGUGAUGCCUUCCCGAUAUAA